AUGAGUGUGAAGGACUAUAGCAUCUGUCGAGGUGUUGAGUACAGAGUCUUAGAAUCGGAUCAUCUAAAGUAUCAUGAAAAAUGCAAGGAGUUCGGCAAGGGUUGUAGUUGGUUGAUUCGCAUAUCGCUUCGUGCACGAAAGGGCACUUGGGAGGUUAGGCGGUACAACGGUCCACACACUUGCUUGGCCACCUCUAUUUCCAGUGAUCACCGGCAGGUUGAUUACCACAUUAUCUGCGCAAGAAUUUAUCCGUUGGUUAGGGUAGAUUCUGCAGUUACGGUAAAGGUCUUGCAACAAGCAACAGAAGCCAAUUACGGGUUCAGGCCUAGUUACAUGAAGGUUUGGAUGGAAAAAAAGAAGGCAUUAGCACAAAUAUACGGAGAUUGGAAAGAGUCGUAUACCGAGUUAUCACGUUGGAUGCUAGGGGUACAGUCGACCAUGGCCGGGACAGUUACUGUGUUGAAGACCUCUCCUGUUCGACUUACGGAUCAGGUGGAUGAGUCCACGGUGUACUUUCAUUGUCUUUUCUGGACAUUUCCACCGUGCAUCGAAGCCUUCCGGCAUUGUAAGCCCGUGGUGAGUAUUGACGGUACCCACUUGUAUGGCAAGUAUGGAGGCACGUUACUGUUGGCAAUAGCGCAGGAUGGGAACUCGAACAUCCUCCCGAUAGCCUUUGCCUUUGUGGAGGGAGAGAAUGCGGAGUCAUGGUCAUUCUUCUUGUCCAACCUACGAUCACAUGUGACGCUGCAUGGGGAUAUUCUUGUUAUCUCUGACAGGCAUAAUGGCAUCAAGGCUGCCCUUGAGGCCCCGAGAAUGGUUGGCUACCUCCACGUGCUUUUCGAGCGUUUUGUAUUCGUCAUGUGGCCGCGAAUUUUAGCCUUAGCUUCAAAGGUAAAGAUGCAAGGAGGAUGCUAG